AUGUCCGCCCAAUCCACAACCACACAGUCCACAACCGAAAAGCAAACCGAUGCCGCGGCCCAAAAGCAACAGCAGAAGCCUACUUCUCUAGAAGAAGAUGACGAGUUUGAGGAUUUCCCAGCGGAAGAUUGGCCUGCUGAAGAAGAAGAUGAAGAAGCUGAAGGCGCUAGCGUCUCGCCCUCAGACCACCUUUGGGAAGAGAGCUGGGACGACGAUGAUCAGAGCGAUGAUUUCUCAAAACAGCUGAAGUACGGACUCGCUUUUCUUUCCUGA